AUGCUCUGCAAGGUGAGGAGCUGGGUAGAAAUCUGCCGGGGGGCUACCCUUUUGUUCCUUUUUUGCCACCUGGGUUAUGUUUGUGGGCAGAUCCGUUACCCGGUCCCAGAGGAGUCACAGGAAGGGACUUUUGUAGGGAAUGUCGCCCAAGAUUUCCUGCUGGAUACAGAGAGCCUGUCAGCUCGAAGGCUGCAGGUUGCUGGAGAGGUGAACCAAAGACACUUCCGUGUGGAUUUGGACAGCGGAGCUCUGCUCAUCAAGAAUCCAAUCGAUCGAGAGGCACUGUGUGGGCUCAGUGCCAGCUGCAUCGUGCCCCUGGAGUUUGUAACUGAAGGGCCUUUGGAAAUGUAUCGGGCAGAGGUAGAAAUCGUAGAUGUGAAUGAUCACGCCCCCCGAUUUCCUCGGCAGCAGUUGGACUUAGAAAUUGGGGAAGCAGCUCCCCCAGGACAGCGUUUUCCCUUGGAAAAGGCUCAGGAUGCAGAUGUGGGAAGCAACUCCAUCAGCAGCUAUAGACUAAGCUCCAAUGAACACUUUGCACUGGAUGUCAAGAAGCGCAGUGAUGGCAGCCUGGUUCCAGAGCUGCUUCUGGAGAAGCCUUUAGAUCGGGAAAAGCAAUCAGACUACCGCCUGGUGCUGACUGCUGUGGAUGGAGGGAACCCUCCCAGGUCUGGCACCGCGGAGCUCCGGGUAUCAGUGCUGGACGUGAAUGACAACGCCCCAGCCUUCCAGCAAUCCAGCUACAGGAUUAGUGUGUUGGAGAGUGCACCAGCCGGCAUGCUGCUCAUCCAGCUCAAUGCCUCUGACCCAGACCUGGGUCCCAGUGGUAAUGUCACUUUUUCCUUCAGUGGUCACACCCCUGAUCGCGUGAGAAACCUCUUUAGCCUGCACCCCACUACUGGAAAGCUUACCCUUCAAGGACCCUUAGACUUUGAGAGUGAGAAUUACUAUGAAUUUGAUGUUCGUGCUCGUGAUGGGGGUUCUCCUGCCAUGGAGCAACAUUGCAGCCUUCGGGUGGAUCUCCUAGAUGUGAAUGACAAUGCCCCACACAUUACAGUAACUUCAGAGCUUGGGACUCUCCCUGAGAGCGCAGAACCUGGCACUGUAGUGGCACUCAUCAGUGUACAGGACCCAGACUCAGGGUCAAAUGGAGAUGUAAGCCUCCGUAUUCCUGACCACCUGCCAUUUGCCCUCAAGUCUGCCUUCAGGAAUCAGUUCUCUCUUGUGACUUCUGGGCCCUUGGACAGAGAGGCCAAGUCCAGCUAUGACAUCAUGGUGACUGCUUCUGAUGCUGGGAACCCUCCUCUGAGUACACACAGGACUAUUUUCCUCAAUAUUUCAGAUGUGAAUGAUAACCCACCCUCUUUCUUCCAGAGAUCACAUGAGGUAUUUGUUCCUGAAAAUAAUCGCCCAGGAGACCUGCUUUGCUCCCUUGCAGCCUCUGAUCCAGACUCUGGCUUGAAUGCACUUAUCUCCUACUCUCUUCUAGAGCCCAGAAAUCGAGAUGUGUCAGCUUCUUCCUUCAUCUCUCUGAAUCCUCAGACUGGAGCUGUUCAUGCUACUCGAUCUUUUGAUUAUGAGCAAACACAGACAUUGCAAUUUGAGGUGCAGGCCCGUGAUCGGGGCAACCCUCCUCUUAGUAGUACUGUGACAGUUCGUCUGUUUGUGCUGGACCUCAAUGAUAAUGCCCCAGCUGUACUCCGUCCUAGGGCCCGGCCUGGUUCCUUAUGUCCCCAAGCGCUGCCUCCAUCAGUGGGUGCUGGCCACCUAGUCACUAAGGUGACAGCUGUGGACUUGGACUCAGGUUACAAUGCUUGGGUUUCCUAUCAGCUCCUGGAGGCCCCAGAUCCCAGUCUAUUUGCAGUUUCCCGUUAUGCCGGGGAGGUACGGACAGCUGUUCCCAUCCCAGCUGAUCUCCCGCCACAGAAGCUGGUCAUAGUGGUAAAGGACAGUGGUAGCCCACCACUCUCUACCUCCGUUACUCUCCUAGUGUCCUUGGAGGAAGACACUCAUCCAGUUGUCCCUGAUCUUCGAGAAUCUUCAGCUCCAAGAGAAGGAGAAUCUCGCUUGACCUUGUAUUUGGCUGUGUCGCUAGUGGCAAUUUGUUUUGUCUCCUUUGGAUCAUUUGUGGCUCUACUCUCUAAGUGUCUUCGUGGGGCUGCCUGUGGAGUAACCUGCUUUCCUGCUGGCACCUGUGCCUGUCUCACCAGAUCUCGAAGGAGGGAGGGGCUUCCUCCUUCAAAUGGGAUCCUCCGAAUCCAGCUCGGGUCAGAUGAUCCAAUCAAGUUUGUUGAUGUGGGUGGCCACUCUCAUGGCUGUACACCCUUGGCUUCUGCACCCACUCGGAGUGAUAGCUUCAUGAUGGUGAAGUCACCCAGUGCACCUAUGGCAGGGGAGCCUGUUCGCCCAAGCUGCCCACCCUCUGAUCUUCUCUAUGGGCUAGAGGUGAGACCUUUGCAGGCUCAGCCUAUGCUCAAGGGCUUUUCUGUUUCAGGUAUAUGGCUGGGCUCAGGGAGCACUGGCUUUUCUGUAAGAGCCAUGGUAAUGUCAUCAUUUUUGUGAGUGGUAACUGUGUUGUAGAUGCUGUUAUUUAGAGGUGGUUUGAGAAUUAAUCAGGGGGUUGUUACAGAUUUCUGUUUGGGAUGGGCUACACCCUCAUCUAAGAAUAGAAAUAAAACUAAAAUAAAGGGUAUUUUGAAAGCAUGCUGCUGGAAUGUGGGGUUCUACAAGGCUAUCAUACCCUAAAAUUGAGUGCAUUAGUUACCUAGCUGAGGCGACUGCUUUCUCUAUUCUUUUGAAGUGAGUGGGCCAGGUGUGGACUAAUUUAAUGUUACCUUUACGGAAGAAUAGGGAACUUUGAUCCAUAGUAUCAAGUACUCUCUAAUAUGCUGGUAAAGGGAAUUCUGCUCAGAAUAUAACAAAGGGCAUGAAAAGGAAAGAGCCAAGAAAGUAGAGAAGUAUAAAUGAGGACCGACCUUUCAGUCCAGACCUUUGGGAUUCUCAGUCAAGUCCCCACUUGGGAGUUGAUCUAAAUGUAAUAGAAAGGAGAAAAUGGAGCAUUACAUCUUUAGUGAAGGGAUCAAUAAGUGAGUUAACUUAAUGUUAGAAACUAUUUUGGGAUAGAGAGAGAGUGGGUAAAGUUUUUGCCUUGCAUGCAGCUGAUGUUGGCUAGAUUCCCAGUUCCAUCAGGAACUAAGAAAGAAAGACAGAAAGGCAGAAAGAAAGAAAGAAAGAAAAAAAGAAAGAAAGAAAGAAAGAAAGAAAGGAAGGAAGGAAGGAAGGAAGGAAGGAAGGGAGAGAGAAAGAAAGAGAAGGAAGGAAGGAAGGAAAGGAAGAGAAAGAAAGAAAGAAAGGAAAGGAAGAGAAAGAAAGAAAGAAAGAAAGAAAGAAAGAAAGAAAGAAAGAAAGAAAGAAAGAAAGAAAGAAAGAAAGAAAGAAAGAAAGAAAGAAAGAAAGAGGAAGGAAGGAAGGAAGG